CUUUCCCACCACCUCCCCCCCACCAUGAGCACGCUCUUCCACCACCCCAAGCCCGACAUCGCCGGCGGCGUGCAGUACUGGCGCGGCGUGCCCGCCACCGUCGACGGCGUGCUGGGCGGCUAUGGCAACGGCACGCUGCCGCGCGUCGAUGCUCUCGGCUCGCGCUCGUUCCUGCUGCGCGUGCUGCCUCGCCUCUCGACGGUCGAUGGACCAGCGAGAUCCACCUGCUCAGCCGCUGCUGCUGCUUCGGAAGAAGCAGGCUCGUCGCGGCGACGCACGAGGGCACUGGAUGUGGGCGCAGGCGUGGGGCGCGUGAGCCGCGAUGUGCUCAGUCAUGUGGCGGACGAAGUCGUGCUUGUGGAGCCUGCCGAGAACCUGCUGGAGGAAGCCGUGCGUUCCUGUCCCUCGUGGCCCGCCUUCAAGAAGGGCUCUACGCCCGCCAAGUCCGCCUCGUUCGUGCUUUCCACGCUGCAGUCCUUCGAACUGCAAGCGCCCGUCGACUUUGCGCCGCCAAUAUGGAGCGAUGGCCGUUCGGGCGGGGAAGAGAGCGGAAGCAGCAUGCAGUUCGACGUGAUUUGGUGCCAGUGGAUGCUGCAGCAUCUCUCCGAUCCCGAUCUCAUCAAGUUUCUGCGCAGCGCCAGGGACGCUCUCGUGCCCGCCGAUGGCGCAGCAGCCGCAGAUGCGCCGCAGGAGAAGAGCGUUCUGAGCGGCGCAGGCUGCAUCUUCAUCAAGGAGAACGUGUGCUCUGAGAAUGAGGAUGGGAGCGAGAAUGUGUGGUGGGACGAGGAGGACAAGAGCAUCACUCGGUCGAAGCAGGCGUACGAACGGGUGUUCCGUGAGGCGGGCUUAAGGGUCGUGCGUUCUGAAGUGCAGCUCGGUCUGCCGGCUGAGCUCUUUGCUGUGCACAUGUGGGCGCUCGUCUGAUCACGCCAAUGCAACACCAGUCACUGCUCUGCUGCUACGCGUGUGACGUCUAUCUGCAUUGCGUCUGCCAGCUCUCUCAUUCCAUGCCAGCGCUCUGCUCCUCCUCGCGAUUCAAUCGAUCGUCGCCGCCCAGCAGGCGCCAGGCCUCCAG